UCUGAUUACUAAUCCCAAAUCUAGGGCUAACAGCGAGGGCGCCGUUCUCUCCAACACCCACACAGUCGCUUCUUCUCGAUUUCGACCGACCGCCAUCCUCGUCCGGUGAGCGUCGUCAUCGCACAAAUGGCUCCGCCUCCUGGACCUUAUUCCGGCACCAGCACCCUCGCUCUUGUCGCCCGUGUUUCGGCUUUCACUUUCGGAGUCGUGUACGGAAACAUGAAGCUCAAGUAUCUGAAGGCAAAGGCGAAGUCUCAAAGAAAAGCUGAAGCGAAGGCUCAUCAUUGAAGAGUUUGGGCGUUGUUUUAUGUUGUGGAUUAGGAAGAGUCACAAUAAUGGAUUGGUAGGAAUUUCACCAGCUUAACAUGGCAUAGAUAGCUUUGGGCUGUUUCCAAAUGCUUGUAGAUCUUUGUUUUUCGUUUUAUCUCUGAGAAUCACUGGAUCUGGGCAUUGCCAUUUGAUGGCAAUGGGCAACAUCGGAAUUUUUUCACUGGUUGUCUCAUACUUUCUCCUGAGAAAAUAAUUCUCCUUGCUCA